UCCCACAAAAAUAGUUAAGAGGCCAAAUCUAGUUGGAGAAGGAGAGAGUCCCUUGCAGCAAAAGACGUAACCAACUCCUAUCUCAACACUGCUUCCUCUCUAUCUAUAAAUACUAAAGACUUCUGCUAGCAUCGUUAAGCUUAAACACACACUCGCAUUGCAAAUUUCUUCUCAAUCCCUCGUGAUUACUACUUAGUUCUUCUCAAUCGGUGGGAAAUUGAGGAGGAUGGCUAGAGAGCAAUUGCAGGUGCUCGGUGCACUUGAUGUUGCCAAAACACAAUGGUAUCAUUUCACAGCAAUUGUGAUUGCUGGCAUGGGAUUUUUCACUGAUUCAUAUGAUCUCUUUUGCAUCUCACUGGUCACGAAGUUACUCGGCCGUAUAUAUUACCACGAGGAAGGCUCUGGCAAACCUGGUGUAUUGCCUGACAAUGUUGCAGCUGCUGUUAAUGGUGUUGCCCUAUGCGGCACCCUUGCAGGCCAGCUCUUCUUUGGCUGGCUUGGCGAUAAAAUGGGGCGCAAGAAAGUAUAUGGAUUGACACUAAUGCUCAUGGUUAUUAGCUCAAUUGCCUCUGGCCUCUCCUUUGGCAGCGGUCCUUCUACCGUUAUGGCCACACUUUGCUUCUUUCGAUUCUGGCUUGGCUUCGGCAUUGGUGGUGACUACCCACUUUCGGCUACAAUCAUGUCCGAGUACGCCAAUAAAAAGACUCGAGGCGCCUUUAUCGCUGCUGUUUUCGCUAUGCAAGGUUUUGGGAUUUUGGCUGGAGGGUUGGUUGCAAUUGUGGUUUCUGCAGCAUUCAAGACCAGGUUUAAUGCCCCAGCUUACGCGGUUGAUCCAAUUGGAUCCACUGUCCCGCAAGCUGAUUAUGUAUGGAGGAUCAUUUUGAUGUUUGGUGCUAUCCCGGCUGCACUUACAUAUUACUGGCGAAUGAAGAUGCCUGAAACUGCUCGUUACACUGCCUUGGUUGCGAAGAAUGCUAAACAGGCUGCAGCUGAUAUGUCAAAAGUGCUUCAGGUUGAUUUGGAAGCAGAACAAGAGAAAGUUGAGACAAUUGUUCAAGAUAAGGGGGGUGAAUUUGGCUUGUUUACAAAGCAAUUUGUUCGCCGGCAUGGGCUUCACUUGCUUGGAACCACCACCACUUGGUUCUUGUUGGAUAUUGCCUUCUACAGUCAGAAUUUGUUUCAAAAAGACAUUUUCUCUGCUAUUGGUUGGAUUCCUAAGGCCAAAACCAUGAGUGCCUUAGAAGAGCUUUUCAAGAUUGCAAGAGCACAAUUUCUCAUUGCUCUAUGCAGCACAGUUCCUGGGUAUUGGUUCACAGUUGCAUUUAUUGAUAAGAUGGGAAGGUUUGCUAUUCAAUUGAUGGGAUUCUUCUUCAUGACAGUAUUCUUGUUUGCUUUAGCCAUUCCAUACCACCACUGGACUCUACCUGCAAACCACAUUGGAUUUGUAGUGAUGUACUCACUCACCUUCUUCUUCUCCAAUUUUGGUCCAAAUGCCACCACAUUUGUUGUGCCAGCGGAAAUUUUCCCAGCAAGAUUAAGGUCAACAUGCCACGGCAUAUCAGCAGCAGCAGGCAAGGCAGGAGCAAUUGUGGGUGCUUUCGGAUUUCUGUACGCAGCAAAUGCAAUUGGAGUAAGGAAUGUACUGAUAAUCCUUGGUGUGAUAAGCUUCUUUGGACUGCUCUUCACAUUCUUGGUGCCUGAAACAAAAGGAAAAUCUCUAGAAGAAAUGUCUGGUGAAGGAGAAGAAGAAGACACAUCAACAGCAGAAUCAAGACAGGAGGCUAGUCAUGGCAUCACAACUCUUCCUGUUUAAACAACUCAAAUGCAUGAACUGGAAGAAGCCCUGUAAAUCGUAUGCAUUUAGUAUAAAUCUAUGAUAAUAGAACCACUUUGAUGUGAAGCCUGAGAUGAAAUAACCCAUUUCUGCUACUCUGAUUAGUCCUAGGUUGUGGUACUUAUUUUGUUCCAACUCUUUCUUAAUGCAAGGAGAAGUAAAUGUUCAUAAAUCAGUAGUAUGCUUGUGCUUUAUAAGUCACUAUGUCCCUGCCCUAUUUUUCAAUGCUUCUUUGUUAUAUGUUACCUAUGAUUAGACACUGAG